GAGUUUCUAGUUCCCUAGCAAACCAACCGCCCCCUCCCUUCCAGGCUCUCACACCCAACCUUUCAAUCUUCAUCUACACAGCUAGCAAACCAGCCGCCUCCCUCUCCCACACCAGAGAGCUUAUUAAGCCGAGAACUAAGCAAAGUGUGUGCAUUCGGUAGAUUUUGCAGCACCCCCAGCCCUAGCAGCAGUCCAUCAAAGCACAUUUCUCUCGUAUCUCCUCUGCAAAGUUCACUUCUUUGUAAUAAGAUUUCUCUCUGUCGAUCUCUGUUUUUUUUGUUCUUUGAAAAAGAAAAGGAGAAAAUCUCGCAUGUUGGAGUAUUUGUACAUGAAAUUGAUGAUAAAAGAUCCAACUAACAAUUUGCUUCAGAAUUGAAUUUGUAGUUGAUUACCAGACAAAAUUCGGAGAAGCUCACCGGAAACUAGAGCUAGAAACGCCUUAUUUCGUUUUGUUCCUGUUCUUCAUUUCCUUCUUCUCGAAUCCAAGGGGGAAUUCUCAUAUUUAGAAUCUUUGGUGUGCUCUGUCUACUAUUCUUUUGUACUUUCGAAGCUGCCAGUUUACAGCAUCAUAACAACGGUUCCUCGUUUUCUACAUCUUCCUCAAAGUCAACAUUAGUUCUACUUCGUUACUCACCGGUUACAACAUGUAGGUGGCCCCGCUGUUAAUUCACCGGAAACAGGUACAUAAAGAUGCCAUUUGGUUGAUAAAGACAGUAUCAUCUAUAAAGUGCUGUUUCAAAGAUCUACUAUGCUAGUUUGCCAAAGAAUGCAUAGACCUCUAGGGAGAGUUUCUUUUUGCUCAAUAGCAGAAAAAUUUAAAUCUCACAAACAAGGACAAAGAAAUGUCACUGAUGAAUUUUGGUUCUCUCAGAAUUUCACCGCUUUAAUUGGUAAUAAUGUUUCAAAGCAUUGUCCAGAAUCAACUACAGAUUCAAUUCUGAAGCAAAUUGUUAGUGCACUUCACAUGGGCGAGAGAAGCAGAGCAUCUGCUCUGCUUUUAGAACUUGGCCAAGAAAAAAAGUCAUUAAAGCCUCGCAAUUUUGUUCCUAUACUUCAAUAUUGUGCUAGAUCACCUGAUCCAUUGCUUGUCUUGGAGACUUGGCAAAUAAUGGAGGAAAAAGAGGUCGGCCUGGAUAGCAAAUGUUACCUGCUUAUGAUCCGAGCACUUUGUAAAGGAGGUUACUUGGAGGAGGCAUCUAAUAUGAUUGAUUUUAUUGGAGAAAGCCAUGGUAUCUAUCCUACCCUGCCGGUGUAUAACACUUUCUUGGGAGCAUGCUCAGAUAUGAGCAGGGCAGAUUAUGCCGAUCAAUGUUUGCAAUUGAUGGAGCGCAGAAUGAUGGGGAAGGAUGAAGUUACUUACAUAAUGCUUCUCAAGCUGGCAGUUUCCCAACAGAACCUCUCUGCAGUCUAUGAAAUCUGGGAAGACUACAUCAAACACUUCAGUCCAAGCAUUCUUACCUUGCAAAAGUUUAUUUGGUCCUUUACAAGGCUAAGAGAUUUAAAGUCUGCAUAUGAAAAAUUGCAACAUAUGGUGGUUUUAGCCAUCCGAGGAAAUACUUUUGUACAGACCUCUUCUAGAGGACAGCUCUAUCCAUCAAGAGUGAACGUUCCUAUACAUCCAAACUGUGAAUUAGGCUUGCAGAAAUUUGAUUUAAAGGAUAAUGAACAGUCUGUUCCCUUAUCAGCAAAUGCUUCUGCUUGUAACAUACAAGAAUGUGAUAAUGAACAGUCUGUUCCUUCAACAGCAAAUGCUUCUGCUUGUAACGUACAAGAGUGCGAUAAUGAACAGUCUGUUCCUUUGACAGCAAAUGCUCCUGCUUGUAACAUACAAGAGUGUGUUACUUCGGACAUGGGAAAUAAAGAAGUUGAAAGUGCUGGACAAGUUGGACUGGAUAAACGUAAAAUCAUGCCUUUUUCCAGGAUCCUGAGGUGGUCUUUCAAUGAUGUGAUACAUGCAUGUGCGCAAGCUAAAAAACCUGGAUUAGCAAAGCAGUUAAUGUUACAGAUGGAAAAUAUUGGCUUGCUACCUUCAAGCCAUACGUAUAAUGGAUUUGCUAGAGCUGUUUCUAAGAGACAUUUCAGGAAAGGCAUGGAAGUGUUAAAAACAAUGCAACAGAAGAAUUUGAAGCCAUGUGAUCCAACGCUUGCAACCAUUUCAGUGGCAUGUAGCAAAGCUUUGGAACUGGAUUUGGCAGAGGUUCUGUUGGAUCAAAUUACCAACUGUCCAUAUCCAUAUCCUUAUAAUUCAUUUCUUGAAGCUUGCGAUGCAAUGGAUCAACCUGAGCGUGCUGUGCGGAUGUUGGCUAAAAUGAAAAAAUUAAAGAUUCAGCCAGAUAUCAGGACAUAUCAGCAACUGUUUUCAUUAGUUGGCAAUACAAAUGCUCCAUAUGAGGAUGGUGAUAUGUUGUCACGUGUAGACUCUGCUAAACGGAUAAAGGCUAUAGAGAAGGAUAUGGCGAAAAAUGGUGUCCAGCAUAGUCGGGAAUCAAUGAAGAACUUGUUGAAAGCUCUUGGAAAAGAAGGGAUGAUGAGAGAGCUAAUGCAAUAUUUAGGUGUGGCAGAAGAUCUUUUCUAUCAUAGUAACACGCAUCUGGGAAUACCUAUUUAUAACACAGUGCUGCAUUCACUCGUUGAGGCUGAGGAAUGUCGAAUGGCAAUUGCACUUUUCAAACAUAUGAAAGCAAGUGGUUUCGAGCCAAAUGCUGCAACUUACUGUAUAAUGAUUGAUUGUUGUCGCACUAUAAGAUGUUAUAAAUCUGCCUGUGCAUUGGUUUCCAUGAUGUUGCGUUCUGGGUUUUAUCUACAGACGGUGGGGUACACUGCUCUCAUAAAGAUUUUGUUGCAAGAUGAAAAUUUUGAUGAAGCGUUGAAUCUUUUGGAUCAAGGGCACUCUGAAGAGAUUAAACUUGAUGUACUGUUAUAUAAUCCUGUUCUUCAUGUAGCAAAAGAUAAGGGAAGGAUCGAUAUCAUAGAGCUUAUUGUUGAGCAGAUGCACCGGGAGAAAAUCCAGCCUGAUACUACAACCUGCAACAAUGUGUUCACCGCCUAUGUGUAUUGUGGUUUUCAUAAUAUGGCCAUGGAAGCAUUGCAAGUUCUGAGCAUGCGGAUGAUUAGCCAAGAAGACUGUGUUCUGGAAGAAAAGAAGGCAGAACUUGAGGAUUUGAUCCUUUCUGAAGACAAGGAAGCCGAGUCACGAAUACUUGAGCAUUUUAAAGAUUUUGAGGAGAAUAUUGCUGUUGCCCUUUUGAAUUUAAGAAAUUGUGCCAUUCUUGGGUUUCCAAUUUCUUGGUCACCAAAUAAGAGCGCGUGGGCAAGAAGACUUUCAGCUAACUAUGAUAGCAGAAAGAAAGUCCACUGACACUUGCAACCGCAGAUGUGUUUUAGAUUGGAUGAUUAGUCAGUUACACCAAAUUAAGGCUGCAAUUUUAUCUCAGAAGCUAUAGCUAUGCCAUUUUAACAGCCACUGACUUCGUGCAGUUGGAGCUCUUGGUGGAGAGCUGUUCUAUAGUGGGCCAGUUGGGUUUCCCUCCAACUUCUUGGCUACCGUUGUAACAUCCGACAGGUUCUGCAUAGCAGCAGUUGUGCUCCAAAUUUUGCCAGUUAAUUCAGAAGAAAAGUUGAUCUGUUGAUUGUGUACAGCCCCCGUGUAGAUACCCAAUUUUGUCCAAGAAAAAAAGUCAAGAUUAUAUCCA